CCAUUGUUGGCAUUUGGCACUGAUACAAAAGCUGACGGACUGGCAGCUGAGUGCUAUAAACACAAAAUGGAAUUACUGUACUAACUUCUUGUUCUAUUCUAAGUAACCAUAGUUGAUAGCCUAAGUCAAGUGUAAAAUAUCUGAAAUGUCUAUCUUAUGAAUUUUUUGUUGUUGUUCGUCUUUCAAAAUAAAAUGAUAAAAUUGUACGAAUAUGUUACGUUGAACACCAGUCUAAUAGUAUAAAAUAUUUUUUUAUAUAUGUAUCUAAAAAGCAUUAGUCAGUGCUAUUUAAUUACGUUGCAAUAAAGUAUCUGAAGUGUUUGUUUUUAAGAUGACGGAAUCCUAUGAAUACUUAUUCAAGUUCCUUGUGAUUGGAAGCGCUGGUACAGGAAAAUCUAGUCUUCUAAACAAUUUUAUUGGCAACAAAUUUAAAGAGGAUAGGUGCCACACUAUUGGUGUAGAGUUUGGUUCUAAAAUUGUUAACAUUGGUGGUAAAUCUACCAAACUUCAAAUAUGGGACACAGCUGGCCAGGAAAGGUUUAGAUCUGUAACACGGUCAUAUUAUAGAGGAGCCGCUGGGGCUCUGCUUGUAUAUGACGUAACAUCCCGUGAUUCUUACAAUGCCCUCGCAAAUUGGCUGAGAGAUGCCCGCACUUUAGCUAGUCCUAACAUAGUGAUAUUAUUGGUGGGUAAUAAAAAAGAUUUAGAAGAAUCUAGAGAAGUCACAUAUUCAGAGGCUAGCCAGUUUGCUCAAGAUAAUGAGCUGAUGUUCCUUGAAACAAGUGCUAAAACUGGAGAAAAUGUAGAGGAAGCUUUUCUGAAAUGCUCCAAAACAAUUCUUGCUAAAAUAGAGACCGGUGAAUUAGAUCCAGAGAGAAUAGGAUCUGGUAUUCAGUAUGGAACUGGAACUGCAAAAAGAAUAUCUGCACCAAAACGUCCAUCUAGGACGCCAUCAGAUUGUGCUUGCCGAGUUUAAUACAAUAGUUAUUUCAAAAAUUAAUUUAUAUUUUGUAUUGGAAAGUAAUAUAGAAUAAGAAGACUGUCUUAAAAUAGAAUGGAUAUGUGACAUAGGUGUGAAGAGAAUUUUUCAGUUUUACUAAAUUUGAGUGAUUCUAUGAUCUUACACAAAUCUCUAAUUAUAGACUUGAAUACUGUUUUAGUGAAUGUAACCUGUUGUAAUAGGUAACGUUAGUGAACUAAAACAGUACAAAAUUGUUAAUAUAAAAAAGAUUUUGCACUCAUGGGUUGAGUCUCAUAUGUUUUGCAGCAUGUGGGCAAAUUGAAAUUAAAAUUGAUGUAUGACUGUAGUAAGAAAUGUUAAUAUCUCUUUUCAGCAUUCAUAAAUUUAUGUGAUGUAUAGUAAUUUCAAAAUUAGUCUUAGAAUGAAGUUAACAUUCAAUUCAGUUCUAUACAGAGUCAAAUUUUACUCAUGAAAGCUUCUCAAUUAUUUUUUAACAAAACCAAAAUAAUUUAAUAUUAUUGUUUCUCUUAAAAAGACAAUUAUAUUAUUUCUUUUUAAAUUUAUCCUACUUGGCCUCCCAAACAGUUAGGGUUGUUGGCUUGUUUAAGAUCUUUGUCUAAGUACUCUUGACAAGACUACUCCUGUAUACUACUAUGGGAGUGUGGUUUUAACAUCUGUAACAUUAGGUUGUAGCAUAUAAAUAUGAGUAUAAUAUAGCAAACCUCAUUGUUCGCCUAUUCAUGAGUGCUAUUUUAUCCUCUGUUGAGCUAUAGAUUACUCAGAUAAGCGAAUAUCAAAGUACAUAUAGCGAAGAGAAUAUGUAAUUAGCCGUCAAACACUUAGGCGUGCGACAGGGACACAUGAAUAUAGACGAAGAUGUUAACAUGGAGCAUAAUCUUGACUUGUGACACUUAAGUGUAAAUAUAUUAUGUUCGUAAUUCCAGAUAUUGUAUAUAGCGUGUUGUGGUGCAAAAUUCACCACUUUCACAAUAUAAUUAGAUUAGCUCAACUGAAGAAUUCUAUAAGACAUUCAAAGUUGAGAAAUAAAUUUCUAGUGCUCUCUUUGUCACUAAAACAUGUUUAAAUAACAUUGAGUGACAUGUUUGAAACAAACUCAAUGAUCCUUUGUUUAUUUUGUCCUUCUAAGUGAAUAUUAGUGAUUAAGUAGUUUUAUAUUUUGUUCCCUAUAAAAUAAAGCAAGUAGGUAUGACCAUCCUACUGUAGUAAUGAAAAAUUGUAUAAUUUUUCAUUACUUCAGCAAUAUUGUGCUAGAGCAAAUAAUGAUUUCUAUAAUGCUUUACUUAACUGCUUGUUGUAUUUUACUGUGGAAGAAACUUAUACCACCAAAAAUGUAUACAAUUUCAUCAGUAUAUUAUGCACUAAUCUUUGUAGGAGGUUAACAUUCACUUUGUACUUUAGUGCAGUCAUCUGUGUAUUGUGACAAUAAAGUGAUUAAAAUAA